AGCUCGAGGGUCCGCAGUCCAGCGUGAAGAUCAUCCUCGUCGGUGUGGUUACGAACCGUGAUUCGGGAGUGAUUGGCAAAGUGCAAAUUUUCGAUCGUAUGUUACAAGUUUUCGUCCCGCAUUCUGCGAGCGUUCGGAACAAGUUUCUAGAACAGUUUAAUUUGUGCCUGUGCAAAUUAAUAAGCAUUGCACGUGCUUGUUGUGAACCUCGAAUUUGGUUGCCCAGAAAGUUCUAAAACGUGUUUCUAUCAGCCGGUUGACGAGUGCAGCGUGUGGUUAGUUUAGUGAAAAUGAAACUCGUCGGACGGUAAUACGGUGCAUUGUGCUGCGUCAGCCUCAGCGAUCGCGCAAUCGAACUGCACAAAGUGAAUCAUGGAGCGCAUUCUGCGAGGUGUGAUGCGGUACCGGCACUCGACCCGGGAGCAGAUGGUACAGGAGUUCCGGAAAGUUCGGGACAACCCACAGCCCAAAGCCGUAUUCUUCACCUGUAUGGACAGCAGGAUGAUUCCGACUCGGUUCACCGAGACACACGUUGGCGACAUGUUUGUGGUGCGAAACGCCGGCAAUCUGGUGCCGCACGCUGAACACUUUCAGGACGAGUACUUUAGCUGCGAGCCAGCGGCUCUCGAAUUGGGUUGCGUGGUCAACAAUAUCAAACACAUAAUCGUGUGCGGACACAGCGAUUGCAAAGCAAUGAAUCUUCUGUACCAGCUUAAAGAUCCCGAGUUUGCAUCACUGGACAAUCGCCGGAUAUCGCCGUUGCGGGCGUGGCUCUGCGAGCACGCCAACACCAGCUUGGAUAAGUUUCAAAACCUGAAGCAGAUUGGGCUCGAUAAACCGCUGAUCUUUUCGUCCGAGACGCCGCUGCGCAAGUUUGUGGCGUACAUCGAUCCGGAGAACAAUUUCGCGAUCGAGGACAAGCUGUCGCAGGUGAACACGCUGCAGCAGAUCGAGAACAUUGCUUCGUACGGGUUCCUGAAGCGGCGGCUCGAAUCGCACGAUCUGCACAUUCACGCCCUCUGGUUCGACAUCUACACCGGGGAUAUUUACUUUUUCAGCCGCAACUCGAAGCGUUUCAUUGCUAUCGACGAAAGUUCCAUCGAGCGAUUGCAGGACGAGGUACGGCGGUACUAUUCGUGAUUCUGUGUUAGACAGUGGGAAGAUAAGGCGCUUAUAAAGUUGCUUCCGGGCACGGGUUUUAUGAUUUGUAACAGAGUUAGUGUCGAUUGUUAUCAGCUUGUUGGCUGGAGGGAGAGAGAAAGAGAAAGGAAAGUUACACAAUGCGUCGUAAGCGGUGAAAGGUGUUCAAUGGCCUUAGAAACUGUGCAAAAGUGAUCGUUCUGUGGCUUACAGAUGUUUAUGCUAUUGUUGCUUUUUACGCUGACUAGAAUGCUUUUUCUACAUACUGUUAUGAGUUAUUGUUGAAAAUUGCGUUCCUGCAAUGUAGUAGUUCCGGCAGCACUGCCAGUCGGCAGUACAACCAGUCGGCAGCACUGCCAGUCGGCAGCACUGCCUCCCUCAUUUAUAGCCACAUAUGUCAGUCGCGCUAGAACUCUAGACAAAUAAAGUCCUAUUAAUC